AAACGGCAGAGCGAACGCGCGAAACUGUUAAAUUUAGUGUUCGUGUGCGCUGCAGCUGGGCCAAUGCAAUCAUGACUGCAAUGAGCUGGAGAUAUCACCUAGCUCUCAGAUACGUCGCUAGCACCACGAUGAGCCUGAUCAUGAGGUGCGAGUCUGGACACUGACCGGCCCAUGACGAAUCAGCUGUAGUGUAUUGCCAAAUUCAUGUGCAAAACUGAGUGCCAUGAUGCCCUCGUCAUGAUGCGCAACGCCUGCCAAACGCCUUGUCACUGAAUCGUCAGCGCAUGCAGAUUAGAUGUGCUACCGUAUGACACUCGACAUGAUGCUGCUACGGCUCAAGAUCAAUUGUUGGUGCUGCUCCAAGCGCGACACCGAAGCGUGUGGGACAUCUGAAUUUUAGGUCGCUGCAGGCACGACCUUCUACACUUGAGACCAAAGACUAAGACCUCGAGCCGCUACCCCAGAUUUCUGUUGCUUGUUGCUAUGGUGCUCAUACUCGAUGGCGGGAGCACAUAUGUCUUGCAGAGUAUACCGCAGGAUGCACAUGCUGCUCUCUUCAGCAGUCCUCUGUGGACCAGUCAAGCUCUAUACGAUUUUCCAGAUGCUGUGCAGACACUACAUAGAAGCUACCUCGAGGCUGGCGCUGAGCUGAUAUCAUGUAUGACCUAUCAGCAAUCUCCAGAUACGAUGAAGCAUCUUACUGGACCAGGCUCUGAUGCUGAUGUCUGGAAUGCUGGAAUGCUCGCGAGUUCUCAAGCUUGUCAGAAGCAUGGUAGUGGUAGUUCCGUACUGACACUGGGGACUUAUGCAGCUAUGCUAGGCAACGGAGCAGAAUACUUUCAUGUCUUCAACGAUGGCGACAUGGAAUCUCUUCGGGAGUUUCACAGGGUGCGUCUACAGCACUUCAUCCAAUCUCCUGCCUGGAGCGACGUUCAGUAUAUCGCUUUCGAGACGCUACCUGAUGUGAAGGAAGCGUUCCUCAUUCUUGACGUCUUGCAGGCCUUGCAACACAGCUUGGCAGAAAAACGGGUCUGGAUCUCCUUUUCUUGCUCGGGCGAGGGUGCCACUGACAGACUGGUUGAGGGCAUCACAUCAUUGCUACGAGACGACAGAACACAGAAGCUCCUCUGGGGCAUUGGACUCAAUUGCUUCAAGGAGGAUGUCGCGGACGGUGUGGUGUGCGGCGUAGAGAACCUUAUCAGGGGUACUUCAUUGUACCUGGUGCUCUACCCAGACAACGGCGAGGUAUGGGAUCCUGUCAAGCGGAUAUUCACUGGCACGCCCAAGACUCCAGACACAUGGGCUGAGCCAUUCAAACAGUGGUCAAGCCUAAAUCAUGGCCGCCUGGUCUUUGGCGGAUGGUGAGUUCUUUCAGUUUGGUACAAUUGCUAACAACGAGUUGCCAGACGACACCUGAUCACAUACGGGCAAUCAGACGGGCUGUGGGCGCUGAGAGAGAG